GGGGGGCGCCUUGGGCUGUCCUAGCCGUUUCUACCCCUCAGACCCGGCGGGACUGGCCCGGUCGACCCCGCCGCUCGGAGGUCCGCCUUCCCGCUUCGGAAGACCACAAAAUGGCGGCGCCCGGGGGCGGAGCCACGGCACGAGCUUGUGGGGCGCCGGGCCCGCGGUUGGAGGCCGAUGGAGUUCGGCUGCCUAUCUCGGGGAUGUGAGGCUUGGCCGGGGCUGCACGCUGUGCACGUGCUCCGUCGCGCCGGUCCCGGAAGCCGUCCGGGCGGCGCUGGUCGGGCCUUGCCCCACCAGUGCGCGGUCUCCGCAGGGGCUAGUGUCGGCGGGCGCCUGCCGCAUACGUGACUCGUGCUGGCCUAGGACAGGACUUCGAGGGUCAGGUGUUGGGUCUCGUGCAGAAUUGCAAACCUGAUGUGCCCUGGGGUGGUGGCAGAUCCUUGGCCUUCCUUCAGGCAGCCCCUCGUUGUGGCCUGGAGGUGUCUGGGGGCUGUGUAAGAGGAGACGUGCCUUUUCCCCACUUGGGCCUCAGGGUCUGCGGCAGGACGGGUUUUCUCGAGCGACUGGCUCUCAGUGUCCAGAAUCCGAGAUUUCUAGGAUGCUUUUGCUGUGCGCUGGAAGCCAAGUUUGCCCGUGGAGAACAGUUGAUGUUGGAAUACGUGGGGUGGGGGGCUUAACCAGGUGCCGUCCCUAUCCAAGUAUCUAUCCGAGGUUGGGGAAGCAAGCAGUCUGAUUUUCGUUACAACAGCUAAAGAAAGGCACUGAUCUUGAAAGGUGGCAGUGUUAGGAUCCAGCAGAAGGAAUUGCAAGAGAGCUGUUGAGGUGCCUGGUGUGCUUGGGUGUCUCCAGUGUUCUGGGGUGGCUCACCCUGGCUUUCCCCGUCUUCUCUGCAGUCUACCUGGGUCUCGCAAUUCCUUGCCUGCUUCCCGCCAGAUCUUUCAGCCAGUAACCCUGCCCUAUGCACGUCCUGAGCACGAAGAGGUUUUAUGCUCCUGACUUCCUACCUGCCAGAACCCUUCAGGUUCCGGUUAGAUGCUGGGGCCUCCUUGAGUCCCUCUGUGGCUUUUCCACCUCGAGUUAUUUCUCAGGACUCGCUGAGCCUUGACAGUUGGUUCCUGACCAUAGGAGGCACCUACAUCUGAGUUCAUGUCUCAGUUCUUCCAUUCUCCAGCUCCAUGAUCAUGGGCAAGUGCCAGCCUCUUGAGCCUCUGGGACAAUAGGGCUAUGGGGCAUGGAGUGCUGGACCCACCAACACCCAAGGUGCAUACGGAACCGGUGUGACCAGCUGGCAAGGUUAUGAAAACUACAAUUAUUAUGGUGCCCAGAACACCAGCGUCACCACAGGAGCGACCUACAGCUAUGGCCCAGCCUCAUGGGAGGCCACCAAGGCCAACGACAGCCUGGGAGCUGGGGGCCCUGCCAUGCACAUGGCUUCUUAUGGUCCAGAGCCGUGCACCGACAAUUCUGACUCUCUCAUCGCCAAGAUCAAUCAACGUUUGGACAUGAUGUCCAAGGAAGGAGGCAGGGGCGGGAGCAGCGGCGGUGGGGAGGGCAUGCAGGACCGGGAGAGCUCCUUCCGCUUCCAGUCGUUUGAGUCCUAUGACUCCAGGUCUUGUCUGCCUGAGCACCAUCCGUACCGCCCCAGCUACAGCUACGAUUAUGAUUUUGACCUGGGGCCUGACCGAAAUGGGGGCUUUAACAGUCAGUACAGUGACUGCCGGGACCCAGCCCGUGAGCGGGGCUCCCUUGAUGGCUUCAUGCGGGGCCGGGGCCAGGGCCAGGGCCGCUUUCAGGACCGGAGCACCCCCAGCACCUUCAUGCGCAGCGACCCUUUCUUGCCGCCGCCGCCGGCAGCCUCCUCCGAGCCCCUUUCCGCUCCCUGGACGGAGAUGAACUAUGUGGGUGGACGGGGCCUGGGAGGCCCCUCCCCCAGCAGGCCACCGCCUUCCCUCUUCUCCCAGUCCAUGGCCCCAGACUUCAGCGUAAUGGGCAUGCAGGGGGCCGGCGGCUAUGACAACUCUGCGCCCUAUGGAUGCGGCCGGUCACAGACCCGGAUGAGGGAUCGGCCCAGACGGAGAGGGUUUGACCGCUGUGGCCCAGACAGCAUGGGCAGGAAACGGAAGCAGUUGCACAUCUACGAUGAGCCUGACACCAAACUGGCCCGGGCUGACAGCGAAGGAGAUUUUUCUGAAAAUGAUGAUGGAGCUGCUGACUUCCGGUCAGGAGAUGAAGAAUUCAGGGGUGAGGACGAGUUCUUUGACUCCGGGAGGCAGAGAGGAGAGAAGGACGAUGAGGAUGAUGAAGUAAAGAAGAGAAAGGAAAAGCAAAGGAGGAGAGACCGCAUGCGAGACCGAGCGGCAGACAGGAUUCAGUUCGCCUGUUCUGUGUGCAAGUUUCGUAGCUUUGAAGAAGAUGAAAUCCAGAAGCAUCUACAAAGCAAAUUUCACAAAGAGACACUGAGGUUUAUAAGUACCAAACUCCCUGACAAGACCGUACAGUUCCUCCAGGAGUACAUCGUAAACAGGAAUAAGAAAAUUGAGAAGCGGCGUCAGGAGCUGAUGGAGAAGGAAAGCACAAAACCCAAACCAGACCCUUUCAAAGGGAUCGGCCAGGAGCACUUUUUCAAGAAGAUAGAGGCGGCUCACUGCCUGGCUUGUGACAUGCUGAUCCCCGCGCAGCAUCAGCUCCUCCAGCGGCACCUGCACUCGGUUGACCACAAUCACAACCGCAGGUUGGCUGCUGAACAAUUCAAGAAAACCAGUCUCCAUGUGGCUAAGAGUGUUUUGAACAACAGACACAUAGUGAAGAUGCUGGAAAAAUACCUCAAGGGUGAAGACCCUUUCACCAACGAAGCCGUUGAUCCAGAAGUCGAAGGAGAUGACAAUUUAGGAGGUGAGGAUAAGGAAGAGACACCUGAAGAGGUGGCUGCGGAGGUCUUAGCUGAGGUUAUUACGGCAGCAGUGAGAGCCGUAGACGGGGCGGGAGCGCCUGCUCCGGAAGGCAGUGAAAUGUUGGCCGAAGGGGAAGGCCCCGUGGACUCGGCGGAGGCCACUCGUGGCCCCCACUCUGAACAGCUGGGAGAAGUGGAGACACCGUGUGGCACGGCAUCUGAGAAGGGCAGCGCUGAAGCAGAGGCUGGGGGUGAAGCCGCCCUGGCCAGCAAUGAGGCCGCUGAGGCCAGAGGCGAAGUGGCAGCAGAGGUGGAGGGCGCCGAGGUCGUCCCUGCUCCUGCUCCUGCUCCUGCCCCGGCUGCUGCGGGAGCCAAAGAGAAGCAGACGGAGCAGACGGAUGCAGAGCCCGAAGGUGACGUUCCCACAGACUGAGCCUCCUCCCCGUUUCAGGGGAUGUGUUUCAGAAAUGCGUUGCUCUCUCUCCUUUUGCAUUGCUCUCUCUCACUGUUUGUAAGCAGUGCUAGGUGUGUUACUGGAAUAUGCUGGAAACUUUGGUGAAGAGACCCAGCCAUUUCCUUCCAAAAAGUGUACCUCUCGGGCUUGUGUUGCAGAGUUGUCUGGCUUUCCGCCUUGGUUUAAAGGCUGCAGAAGUUGUACAUUCCCCCAAGUGGCUGUGAAAUCUCUCUACACUGCAGUUGGAGUAAUAAAAGUUGGGUAAUUAGA